UUCUACUGAAUCCAGUGUAAUUGAUUUAGCUCCCUUGGAAUAUAACUUCCUCUGGCGUCCAGUUGCAGUAUCUCUCGAUCUAAGUUAAACAGACCGGGUAUCUACUCGACCUUAAUUAAUUUACAUAAAAAAGGUGAGCUAGAUGAAAAGAACCUGAUUCUGCUGGUGACAUCACGACAGCCAUUUCCUAGCAGUGCUCAGCAGGAGAUGUCUCUGACAGUUGAAAAAUUGCUGGGGGAUGCACGAAUGCUGGUUACUAGGUUAAAAGAACAAGACCAUGCAACAGACAGCCUUAUAUCAACAACACAGACCCUGCAAAAGCGCAUUGAUGCCAUGAAGCAGUAUCAGGAUGACUUGACAGAGUUAAACGAGAUAGCCAAGCACAGACCUCGUUCUGCGUUAGUGAUCGGCAUUGCACAGGAAAACAGACAAAUCCGUGAGCUACAGCAGGAGAAGCGAGAACUGGCUCUAGCCUUGGAGGAGCAUCAGUCAGCCCUGCAGCUGAUCAUGCACAAGUAUCGCCAGCACACUGUGAGCCUCCUGCAUGCCAACCGUAUGGAUGCUGCCCUUGCCAGCCGCACUCAACAAUCUCAGCAGGAAGUGUGUCACCUGAUGGACAAAAUGAAAGAGAUGGCCAGUGUGAUGCAGCAAGCUGUGCGAGUGGAUGAUGAGAAUGCUGGACGCCUUCAAGAGCGACUGGCCCAGCUGGAGGUUGAGAACCAGACCCUUCGGCAACUGCUGGAGAUCUGCUCUACAGCCAAGCACCCUAUCUUGUCCUUGGAGGACUUUGGUGAGGAAUCCCAGAACAGCAGCACCAUCAGUGUGAUACAAAAUACUAAAGAUGUUGCAGGUGAUGGAGCUUCUGGUGAUGACAAGUGAACAAUAAGAGCUGGAGAACGACUGAACUUGUUUUCUGGAUGUUACACUUCCUCUGGUCAGUGAUAGUGAAUGGAUGAAAGUAUAGCUGGGUGUGUGUGUGAGAGUGGGAGACAGAGAGAGAAGAUGAGAGAAAAAAUAGGUAUAGCUGUUAACAAUGAAUGAGUGGUCCAUAACAGAUGAACAGGUGAAAUGACCAAAAGAGUUUUCAGUUACUGUUGGUUACUGUUCUUUGUCGUAUCUAUCCGUAUCUAUCUGUGGGGUAGUGAGCUGACAUUACAGUCCAAAAGUGAAAGAAUGGAAGAGGAAACAGAGAAAGAAAGAGAGAGGAAACAAGGUUCCUAGAAAGAAGAGAGAGUCUGACUGAGCAGAUCUUAUGUAGUCAUGGGAUAUCUAAGUAUGUCGGAAAGAAGCAGUGAGGUGAAAGAUGGCAAGCUACCCUUCAGGUGAAGCCACAAAAAUAUGCUUUUAUGGACAUUCAGGGUUAUACCAGGUACACAAGUAUUUAUAUAAAGGGACUUUACCUUGUACCAAUCUUCCUAAACUUAAAAAUAAAGUUAUGUUGAUUUAC